AUGGGUAUAAAUGAAAUUGGUGAUUUUGAACCAUUCUUAAAUAAUUCAAUAAAUGAUGAUGAUUUUAUAGAAUAUGGCCGAGAGGAAAUAGAAAAAAAACCAAUAGGUUUUAAAAAUUUUAAAUAUAAAAAAGAAAUUAUAAUUUUGUUGGUUAUUUACUCAUUAUUAAUUGUAAAUUCUUUUUUGUAUACUUUAUUUUUACCAUCACUAUUUAUAAACUAUGUAGAAUAUCAUUUCCCAAAUUUACCACCUGGAAGUGAUUCUCAGCAAUCAAAAGCUGCAUAUUAUAAAAGUUACAGUGAUUCUAUUCCAAAUAUAUUUAUGUUUAUUUUUGGACCAUUAGCAGGUGUUUUAUCGGAUAGAUAUGGAAGAAAACCAGUUUUAUUUGCUGGCGGGUUCUUAUUAGUAAUUGAUAUGGUAUCAUGUUAUAUCACUAUUUUAACUCAUAACAUAUGGCCAUUUUAUAUUUUACAUAGUAUUGGUGGUGCUUCUAAUAUUGCAGCUUCAGCAGUUUUAUCAUUUAUUGCUGAUAUUACCUCCGAAGAAGAAAGAUCGUUGUUCUACAUAUUUACAGGGGUGGUAUCUGGAGCUGGUAUAAUUUUAGGACCUUUGAUUUUUAUUGGUGCUAAUUAUACUAAAAUAGAUAAUUUACCUCUUUUUCUUUCGAUGGGUUUAACAUCAUCCACUUUGAUUAUGAUUUUUUUUUUAAAGGAGUCUUUAGAUAUCGCAAAAGAGGAUAAUAGAAUUAAAUUCACCGAAUAUAGCUCAUGGAACCCUUUCAAAGUUAUCAAAAAGGUUUUUUCAAAUGGAUAUGUUGGUUUGGUUUGUUUGCUUUUUAUCUCUGUUAACUAUACAGCUCAAGAUAUUCUCUCAACAUAUUAUUACUAUUGUACUUUAAUGUAUAACUGGGGAGCAACUAUGAAUGGAAUUUUUAUGGGUGGUUUGGGGGUCUUUAUUAUAUUUUGGGGAGGGGUUGUAAUUCCACAAUUAUUAAAAAGAUAUUCACAACGUAGAUUAAUAUCUUUAGGUUUGUUAAUUAGUUUUUUGGCUCAUAUUGGUUAUGCACUUUCAUUAAAACAAUAUAUAUUUAUAAUUGCAGGAGUUUUUGGUGCAUAUGUUCCUAAUAAUAUUUAUUUAAUUCAAAGUGUAAUCUCAAGUUCAACAUCACCCGAAGUUCAGGGCUCAGUAAUAUCUGGUGUCCAAGCAGCAGGCUCUCUUGCUGGUUUCUUGGGUGCUUUGGCUGCAAAUGAUAUUUAUUCAUUCUUUAUUUCUAAAGAUUCACCAGUUUAUUAUCCCGGUGCUAUAUAUUUAUUUAAUUCAAUAAUUGUUUUAUUAACUUUUUGUGGCUCUUUAUUAAUUUGGAAAUUUUAUGAAGAUCCGCUAAAGAAAAAAUAA